AUGGUGGGAGGUGGUGGGACUGCUGUUAUGGGAUUGGCGGACCCACAGCUGCCGGUGGAGUUCUCACCCUCGCCUGACGGAGAAAAGGGGAGAAUCAAUUUCGUUGCCACCCAUAAACCAUCGUAUUCAGUCCCUCUCACCUCCAAACAAGCUGAUCAGACUUUGCGAAUAGCCUGUUUAACUCGCCCAUACCCAGACUCGGACUUUGCGAAUAGCCGUCGCCUUCAUUCCUCCCUCGGUGUCGCGGGACGGGAAAAAAAUUGGGGAGGUCGCGGUGAGGGGGAGCGGGGUCAUGAAGGGUACCUGAAGGAUGAGGGGGACGUGGGGCUGGUGGGCUCGCCGCCUCUGGUUUGUCGGGUGGAUCCCCACAACCUGCCAUUAUUUGAUGGGGUAUUUGAUCUCGGGCUCGGGUUGUACCUGGUUGGGCCCUUUACCCAUGUUGGUAUGGUGAGGAGUGAUGGGGUUUGCUUGGUGACUGUAAAUCAGUGUGGGGGGAUGAAGUGA